AUGAUUGCUUGUGUAAGUCCAGCAAUUACAGAUGUUGAGGAGACACUGAAUACUUUGAGGUAUGCAAAUUGUGCUCGAAAUAUUAAGAACAAAGCAGUGGUACAGAAGCAUAAGCCGCCGUCUGCACCAUCCUCUGUUGACUAUGAUGCUAUGUUCAAGGAGCUCACACCAUCAAGAUCAAAGUCUUUGCCGGACAAUGACAAGCCUGUGUAUGAUAAGGAGGAUGUGUUCCAAGAUUUUUCUGAUCUUAAGAUCCCAUCGACUUCUCAAGCAGCUAGGUUUGAUGAUCUUUUUGCCUCCACCUCAUCACCUUCAGUGCUGAGGAAACCGUUCAAUGACAAGCCUGUGUAUGAUAAGGAGGAGGAUGUGUUCCAAGCUUUUUCUGAGCUUAAGAUCCCAUUGACUUCUCAAGCAGCUAGGUUUGAUGAUCUUUUUGCCUCCACCUCAUCACCUUCAUUGCUGAGGAAACCUGUCUAUGACAAGCCUGUGUACGAUGAGGAUGUCUUUGAUGAAGCUAUCACUGAGCUUCAGUACAAUGAGGAUGUCUUUGAUGAAGCUAUCACUGAGCUUCAGUACCAUGAGGAUGAUGUUGAAGUUAUACCUGAGCUUCAGCAUGAUGAGGAUGUUGUUGAAGCUAUCUCUGAGCUUCAGCAUGAUGAGGAUGUUGUUGAAGCUAUCUCUGAGCUUCAGCAUGAUGAGGAUGCUGUUGAAGCUAACUCUGAGCUUCAGUACGAGUACGAUGAGGAUGUUGUUGAAGCUAUACCUGAGCUUCAGCAUGAUGAGGAUGUUGUUGAAGCUAUCUCUGAGCUUCAAAUCCCAUCUACUUCUCAACCAGAUGAUGUUUCUUCCUUGUCACCUUCAGAGCUCAGAAAACAUAACACUUCUCCUUUGGAUGAUCUGACUGGGAAUUUGGGUAAAGAACCCAAGAAGACAGAGAGUGAGCAGCAAGAAGAUAAAUGUCAAAACAAACCAGUGGAGAUCAUUGAUAUCACUGAUGAUGAAGCUGAAGUUCAAGAAAAGUGCAUCAUUGAUCUCACGGCUGAUGAAGAACCUGAAGUUGAAGAAAAGCCCUACAUUGAUCUCACGACUGCCCCCGAGUCUCAAGAAAAGCUGGACUUAGAGCUAAAGGAACUGAACAAGAGACUUGAACAAAAGGAGAGAGAGAUUGAAGGUUUAAGACAGAAGCUUGCUAGCAAAUCAUCUUCUGCCACACCAUAUUGCACUUGUGUUUUGUAUCUCUUAGUCUUUCUAGAAGAAUUACCAACAGCUUUCCUCGAACUUGUUCUUGGAAGAAACAUGAAAUACAGCUCUUGUUAUUUCUCAAACGAUUCAAGUAGCUUGGAAGAUGCUGAGGAAGCUAUGUUGGCUCUAUAUUGCGAAAGGGCUAAAGUUGAAGAUGGACAAAGUGUUCUUGAUGUUGGAUGUGGCUGGGGAUCUUUGUCCUUGUACAUUGCCCGCAAGUACAGCAUAUGCAAGAUAACUGGUCUAUGCAACUCAAAAACACAGAAAGCAUUCAUCGAGCCGCAUCUGUGA